AUGAAAGUGCGCCCCGAGGACACCGAAACUGUUAUCCGCGCGGCCCGUAAAACAAAGGAUGGUGCAAUCCUCCUCGAAUUGGACCGUUGCGGAAACCAGUCUGCCCUCCAAAAGGCAAUUCAGGAUGCCAUAGGGCAGUCCGGUGAAGCCAGGAUGCUCACCAGCCGUGUUCGGUUGGAAGUCCUUGACAUGGAUUGCAUCGCCACGUCCGCGCAGGUGGCCGAGGCGGUACGGCGUGAGCUCGGCGCCGACUUUAACGGAGAGCUGAAGGUCACCGUUUUCGCGCCGAACACGCGAGAGCUGAAGAUGGCGAUCGUCGAGCUCGAUGACAAACCGGCCUGCAAGCUCCUGGAAAAGGGGAAACUGCGCGUUGGUUGGGUCCGUUGUCGUUUGCGACAAAGGACCGAUGUGCAGCGCUGCUUCCGAUGUCUGGGAUAUGGCCACCGGAAGCAGGAGUGCAAAGGGCCGGAUCGCAGCGGCCUCUGUUGGAAGUGCGGCCAACAGGGACACAAAGCGAUUGCCUGCACCAGCAAGCCGCGGUGCUUCCUCUGCUCUGAUGAAGCAAAGGACGCACCGCGCCCGGAGCAUGUCCCAGGCUCCGGGGCAUGUAAGGCGUUCCGGGUUGCCCUGGACAAAGCGAAAGGACAGAGGAAAUGA